AUGGCAAAGGGAAGUGCAGGCAUGAAUGCGACCGCCACGUCUGCCGUGGCUGUGGAAAGCUCGAGGCGUUCAAUGGAGCAGCUCUCCAGAGCAGCGGUCACCGAUGUGCUCCAGUACACGCCGCAUAUCCCGUCCAUCUGCUGCGCCGCCGCACACCCUCACCUGCGCUACGCUCGCGAAGCAGUAGCCGGCACUCGUGUAGCAGAGGGGUCCACCCGCCACCGCAGCGACCUCUACGUGUAUUGGGACUGGACGGCGAGCUGUGAGUACCACAGCCUGUCGGGUGCGGAGGAAGAGCUGGAGGCCGAUCUGCGGCAGCUGGGAUGGUGGCUGACGCGGCCGUUCACCGAGGAUGGCAAGCCAAUGACCAUGGAGGUAAAUGUGAAGCGGGUGGCGUCUUGCCACCCACCUUUGUCGUUGACUACCUCCGCGACCGCGACGGCAAGGGAAGCGCCGCCGGCGGGCUUUGAGAGCAUCUUGCACAUCCUCACCCAGCCGCCGUUUCAGCGCACCGACGUUGGCAUCUCGUGCCUGCGCUCGCUCAUCGUAACACCAAAUCGAAAGGAAAUGUCGAAGACAGCCAUGGAGCUCAUUGGGCAGCUGACGCACCUCGAGAAGUUUGAGUCCUUUACACAGUUUCUGAUCCUCCCGCUGCCUUCACUGACAAGCGUUUCUGUUCUGCGGCUGCACAACGUGAAGGCCCUAACGAGUCUCGAGUCGCUACUGCCGCUGUCGGGCCUCAAGUGCAUCAGCCUCAGUCGCUGUGCCUCUCUGCGCUCUCUGGCAGCGCUGUCGCAGCUGCCGGAGGUGAGGGAGCUGCGUGUGUCUGAUUGCCGCGUUUUGGACGCGCGUGGGAACUACUCGGCCUGCAGGCGCCUCACCUCCGUGUCGAUGCGCUGGUGCGGCGUUGUCCUGCACGUGGGGGACUUGGCAACGUUCCCCAACCUACAUGACCUGGACUGCAGCUAUUCCGGUGUGCGAGAUUUGGGAAGCCUGACGCAGUGUUCACAACUGCGCCGGCUGUCUCUGCGCGGAUGCCGCUUCGUCCAGGAGCUGUUCCACGCGAUGGACGCGUCUGCCGCGCUGCUCGAGCCCCAUGGCGCGGUCGGUGCUACUGAGAUCUCAAGCGUUUUUCUGGACAGAGUGGCGGCACCUGCCAUCCUUGACGAGCAGAUUAGUCUGUCCGCUUCAAAAAAGCUAAUGUCGACAGGUGACGCUUCUGCGCCUCUAGCUCGCAUCUUACUCUAUCCCAUUCUGAGCACCGUCAUGCCGUCGCCCGCUUCCUCCUUCUCUCAACUCGAGGAGCUGGACUUGGGUGAGAGCAGCUUGGUCUCGCUCUCUGGGCUGCCGCAGUGCGCCCCCGAGCUGCGUCACCUUACCGUUUGCGAGUGCCAGCAGCUGCACAGCUUGAGUCCGCUAGGCGAGUUGCUGAAACUGACCUCCGUGGACGCGUCCUUCAGCGGUGUAGACGAGCUCGAGGGAUUAUCUGAGAGUGUAUCACUGCAGUACGUGAACCUCAGAAACUGCACCCGCCUCCGCACGGCUGCCUCUUUGGCGAGGGUGAGGUCACUGCGCGAGGUCGACCUGAGCGCGGCGAAUCAGAGCUGCAUCAUCUAUAUUUGCAGCCGCGAGCUUGACACGCGCGAGGAAAGCGCCGGCGAUCCUUGUAGGCGGCGCCGCCAGAGUGAGCUCAUCCUACAGAGCUUGCUUACGCUCUCCGGGCCAGUCGGCGGCGUUGGCGACAUUCGCAUUGACACGGCAGUGACGCAGCGGUCAAGCCACCGACUCCUGCAGCAUCGCGUUCUGCGCCAGGAGGCGGAGGAGCUGCUGCGUCAGCCACUGGAACAGCUGCUCGCGACAGAGGCGCAUCUGCAAGAAGAGAUGCGGUAA